GUAAUUUGGGGGACCCUGCGAACGAUAUCCUGCAUCUUCACACGCGCGCGCAACGUCCAUCCAUGCAUGUCCAACGUUUGGACUGACGGGUCACUUUUAACAUUCUGUUUCUCUAGAAACGUGUUUGGGUGUACACUCACACCAGAAUAUCAACAUGUUUUGCCUUCGGAGUUGGCUCCCGCUCCUCUUCAUCCCGACAAACGCAUCCCCCGCAUUUAUCCUGCUCUUCUUCAUCGGAACGUACUUCCUCAACCGCCCAUGCGUCUACUGCUCGCUGCUCCUCCUCAUCCUCUUCUGCACGUCCUGCGUCUGGUCGGACCAAUGCCUUUUUGACCGCGAUACAUCACAGUGGUUCCAUCCACGACCGGGCAGCAACGCCGACAUGGGCGCGUCGAUUCCGUACCUUGGACACGAGACCAUCCUGCCUGCCGUGGUUGGCGGCGCGCUGCGCAAGAUGCAGGCCGAGCGCGCGGCAAGGUGGACGGGUCUGGGAGCAGAGUGGUUGAGAAAUUUACUGGGAAAGAGAGAAUGGACCGUCGAUUGCAUGGGACUCAGCAUACAGCUAUGACGCGGGGGCGUGGUGUUUACGAAGAAAGGACCUAUGAAGGACUGAAUGAGCAGCGUCAUGAUUAUUCACGAGCGGAAACUUGCAAAA